AUGUGUGCUACUCUUGGUUUGGUGCCAGUGAUUCGUGCUUCCAAAGACAAUGCUGCGGAACAAAUUGCAAUUAGGCUUGAUCAAAAACUCCGAGACAACUUACGGGAUGCACGCAAUAAUCUCUUCGCCUUUGAAAGUGUUCGAGCUGGGCAACUUAGUAGCUCUCGUCCUGUACUUAUCAUUGCGGAUAGAUCUGCAGAUUUGGCAACAAUGCUUCAUCACACUUGGACAGAUCAAGCUUUGGUUCAUGAUGUACUUGGGCUUGAUCAGAAUCGAGUCAGCAUGCCGGACAAGGGCAAGAAGGUGGACUACGAUUUGCAUUGUGGACACGAUCGUCUUUGGACGCAGCAUAAGGGAAAUGCGUUUCCCCUGGUCGCUGAAGCCAUUCAAGGAGAUUUGAGAUUCGUUUCCAGCUGCGAGAAUAGGGAAGCCGAUUUUCACAGGAAAUACUUUCGGAAAAUAAUCUACGACGACGUGAGCCAAAUCGAUUUGCCAUUUGGCGAGAUUGUGGCUCAACAUCGGGGAAACUAUGCUAAACUUUUGAAAUUUCCCGACGAAAUGCAAAAGCCAUCACAUAAUCUGAGAUUGUCUAAAGACGAGCGGCGUUUUGAGAAGAUGCUCAUCGCCGAUUCCAACUACCAAGCCAAGCUCUUUCAAUUGAUCUUCGAGGUGUUAAUUGAUACGGCGAAAGUGCCAAAAGUGCCCAAAAGUUCUCUGAAUCUCAACUCGGAGACUCAUUUCAGCUACGGGUGCUGGGAUUUGUUCGAGUUGUUGAAAGAAAGAGAUAAAAGCCUUGUGAAAUUCAUCGAAUUCGGCUAUUUGAUCGAGUUUGAAUUUGAUUGCUUCAUGAUUCGAACGAAUUCCGGUCCAAAGCCAUGUACUUUCUUAGCAGGUGACCAUACGGGGAGUUUGGUCAAAUAUGAAGAAAAUGGAGACAAGGUUUUGGUUUAUUUGGAAGGGGGGAUUACCAAUGCACGAAUAGUGAGCCAGGCCAACCCGCAGCCCCGGGCCAGGACCGGUUGCGAGGAGUUACAAGAGUUGGUGGCCAAUGGAGUGAAACAGUUGCACGCGGCAACAAUAUUCUAUCACAGAUCGUUGAACAAGAAGUUCAAAUUUCAAAUAAAUGACUACAUGUUUCGGCUGAAGUGGCCACCGAGUCAUACACACAAUUGCCUCAAUAGUCAGCCAAUUCAAACAGCCGGCUUUCCGAAAGAGAUCGAUUUUUCAGAAAGAAUCGGAAUCUGCAGCUGUAUUCAAGGGUGUGCGGACAGCGAAUCGUUGAUCGAGGUGUACACGAAAAUCUGUAAAUUGUUUUUUUUCGUGAAGCGGAAAGGGGCGGAGGUGUUAAAGACACCGUACGAGGGACGGCUUUUGAAGAUUCGCUUCGACGAGAUUCGGCAACACCACGAUUGGCAUUUCCAUUGGCACGGGACAGAAAAGCGGCUGAUACUCGAUCAUCCGGAAAGCUAUGACCAAUCUAGAAUUGAGAGCAUGUCGAUUGAUUGUGAUUAUGGCUUUGGUUGCUUACCUGUAUCAACGAAUCAAUUGGAGAAUCAACGAAAGACACUCGGCGUUCACGAGCUAUUCAAUGUGAACCAACAUCCCCGUGAGAACAUAUUUUUCAGGUUUGGCCCAAAU